ACCCUGAUGAGUCCCAGCCUGGCCGUGCAGAGGCGCGGGAACCGCGGGAAGCGCACCAUGCCCGGGACGCGGCUGCUCCUCCGCUUGGCUCUCCUCUGCGGCUGCACGCAGCUGGCGGCCGCGGCCAGCUCCUGGUGGUCGUUGGCUAUGAACCCGAUCCAGAGACCAGAGAUGUACAUCAUAGGAGCCCAGCCUGUGUGCAGCCAGCUUCCGGGGCUCUCCCCGGGCCAGAGGAAGUUGUGCCAACUCUACCAGGAGCACAUGGUGUACAUUGGGGAGGGUGCCAAGAACGCCAUCAAAGAGUGCCAGUAUCAGUUCCGGCAGAGGCGGUGGAAUUGCAGCACAGUGGACAACACAUCUGUGUUUGGCAGGGUUAUGAGCAUAGGUAGCCGAGAGACCGCAUUCACCUAUGCCAUCAGUGCUGCAGGGGUGGUGAAUGCCAUCAGCCGGGCCUGCCGUGAAGGGGAACUCUCUACCUGUGGCUGCAGCCGGACAGCCCGACCAAAGGACUUGCCUAGAGAUUGGCUAUGGGGUGGCUGUGGGGACAAUGUGGAAUAUGGCUACCGAUUUGCCAAGGAGUUUGUGGAUGCCAGAGAGAGGGAGAGGAACUACGCCAAGGGAUCAGAGGAGCAGGCCCGCACACUCAUGAACCUACAGAACAACGAGGCAGGCCGCAGGGCAGUAUACAAGCUGGCUGAUGUCGCCUGUAAGUGCCAUGGCGUCUCAGGUUCCUGCAGCCUCAAGACCUGCUGGUUGCAGCUGGCCGACUUCCGCAAAGUAGGCGAUCUUCUGAAAGAGAAGUAUGACAGUGCAGCUGCCAUGAGAAUCAGUCGCAAGGGCAAGCUGGAGUUGGUAAACAACCGCUUCAAUUCACCCACUCCGGAGGACCUGGUCUAUGUAGACUCCAGCCCUGACUACUGCCUGCGCAAUGAAACCACGGGGUCGCUGGGCACCCAGGGCCGGCUCUGUAACAAGACCUCAGAGGGCAUGGACGGCUGCGAGCUGAUGUGCUGUGGACGGGGCUAUGAUCAGUUCAAAAGUGUGCAGGUAGAACGCUGCCACUGCAAGUUCCACUGGUGCUGUUACGUGAAGUGUAAAAAAUGCACAGAGAUUGUCGAUCAGUACGUCUGUAAAUGAAAGGCCCACCAGAGCUAAGAAUUAUAUUAUAUAAAUCUAUAUAAAUAUAUUUUAUAUAUUUGUAUAAUAAAUAGAUGGUGAUGAUAAUAAUAAUAAUAAAAGAAGCUUAUUUAAGAGACACUUUUUGUUUCGGAUCCAAAGUGUUUCCCUUACCAUGGCUGGCUGCUCCUUUUUUGUUAUUUAAAUGGGGAGCAAGAAAAGGGAUUUGUGUGCUGGUUCCCUUCCACCCUUGAUAAAUUGCAGCCAAAAUAAAAGGGAAUCAGGGGAGUAAUUGGUGAAAAAUAUCUACCUACGGCUACUUUACCCCAAAAGCAAGAUGAUGGAUGUAUUCCCUCUACUAUUUUACAGCUGGAAUUCAAAUGGGUGUAUGUGCUUUUGGGGCACAAUUAUUAUAACACCUUAAACGCUCAGGUUGAUUUCUGAAAGGACUUGGGAGUCAUGUUUUGCUUCUUUUGAAAGCACGCUGUGGAAUACCAAACCAGAAGGCAAAUCAUCUAUAUCUAACAUUGAAGAAUGGAUUUAAAAGGCAGAGUCCAUGCAUAGCAUGGAGAGAAGAGAAAUUCUUGCACAAUUGCUCCGAUAGAAGGACAACAUUACUUUUGACCUGGAAGUGCUGCUUUAUUCUUUUAUCCUUGACAGAAACCCAGUUUCUGGCUCUUCUGCGUUUUGGGGAAGGAGGGAAAAUCUACCAAAGUUCUGAAAGACCAAAGUUGUCAUGGUGGAAUCCAUUUGGCCCAUUUUCUCUUUGUGGAAAAAGAACUGGCUACCACUUUCUUGGGCUGAUUGGAUUUCUUUCAAGAAAGCAACAUGUUCUGUGUGAGUUUCUCUGGACUUGACAGGAACAUAUUUACACGCAGAACCAAAGAAACACUAUACACCUCAGUCCUCAACUCGGACUUAAUUGUGGUUCUUUUUUGUUCUUACCACUCUCCUAGAUGUACAGCUCCUUUUCAACAUUAAACAACCCUU